AUGGCGAAACCGUUGGGUACUACCGGAGAAUUUUUCCGGCGAAGAGAUGAGUGGAGGAAGCAUCCGAUGCUUUCGAAUCAAAUGAGACACGCACUUCCAGGUUUCGGAAUCGGUGUUGGUGCUUUCUGCGUUUACCUUAUCGGUGAACAGAUCUAUAGCAAACUCAUGGUUCCUUCUGAAUCGUCUCACCAGAAACAACCGGCUACGUCUCACUGA